GUAACUGCCGUUCAACGCUUACUACUUUGUCAGUCCGUGUCAAAUAUUUAUUCAGCACGGAGUUCAAAUACAAUUCCCUUACUACACCACAUACCUCCUGUCUCAUCGAUAUCCGAUUUCUCUUCCAUCUCUUAACCGCCGUGCUUGCGGAGAUACUGUUCCCCUGCGGCUUGCCAUCUAUCUAGCUUUCUUCGAUAUCCUUUUUAGAAAAAUAUAUACAACAUGCGCGCCGUCCAGGUUAAAGAAUACGUCAAGGGUCCCCUCGACCUAACAGUCACCACCCUACCCACCCCGCCUCCCUCCCCAACCGACUACCUAAUCGAGAUCCACUCCGCCGGAACAAACUUCUUCGACCUGCUCCAAAUCCAAGGAAAAUACCAGAACCAGCCCCCGCUACCGUGGGUCAGCGGCGCCGAAUUCGCCGGCACCAUCCUCGCCGCGCCAACAGCACCCAAGACGACCCCUCGCUUCAAGGUCGGAGACCGCGUCUUCGGCGCCGCGCAGGGCGCAUACGCUACUCACGUGCGCGCCCCGGAACACACCCUCCUCCCUGUCCCGGCGGGGUGGAGCUUUGAGGAUGCCGCGGGCUUGUUCGUCACCGCGCCGACGUCGUACGGGGGUCUCGUGCACCGCGCGCAGGUCCAGGCCGGCGACUGGGUGCUCGUCCAUGCUGCUGCUGGCGGGGUCGGGCUGGCGGCUGUGCAGAUCGCGAAGGCGAAGGGCGCGACGGUGAUUGCGACUGCUGGGACGGAGCGCAAGAGACAGGUCGCGCGGGAGUUUGGCGCCGACCAUGUUAUCGAUUAUCGGGAUAAGAGCUGGCCUGAGGAGGUGAAGAAGCUGUGUGCGCUGCACCGCUCGGGGAAUGGGAAGGCCGGCGUGGACAUUGUGUAUGACCCUGUGGGCAUGAUCGAGGCGAGUCUGAAGUGUGUGGCGUGGAAUGCGCGGCUGCUGGUGAUUGGGUUUGCGGCGGGGAAGAUCGAGAAGGUUGCGCUGAAUCGCGUGCUGCUGAAGAAUGUUAGCAUUGUUGGGCUGCAUUGGGGUCAGUAUGCCCGGCACGAGACCCAGACUGUGGGCACUGUGUGGCAGGGGAUUUUUGAUCUUGUGGCUCAGGGGAAGUUCAGAGGUACUGCGUUUAAGGAUGAGAGUUUUGUUGGGUUGGAGAGUGUUCCCAAGGCGCUGCAGGCGCUGGGGAGCAGGGAGACGUGGGGGAAGGUGGUUGUCAAGGUCAUCGACGACGAGGCUGCGAAAAGCAAGCUGUGAUAUGGAUGAGACGACUCAUCUAUGAUUUGAGAUAGACUACAUAUAGC